GACAAUUAUUGUCAUUUAAAAAAAUAAAUAUAUAAAAAUGAAUAAAAUUCAAUCGUUUAACAAAUUCCUAAAACCGCUUAAUACGGUUUUAAUUAGAAAUGUGAGUGUAAAUGUAGAAAGCAAUUUCGAAGAAGAAUAUCGCAAAAAUCACAUUGAGACGAAUUUGUUUCAAAAAGCCCUCCUGUCUGUCGGAGCUGCUGCAGCAUCGAUUACAGACCCUACAAGGGCCGAUAUGAUUGCCUGUUUAGGCGAGACAACGGGAGAAAAGGCCGCGAAGUACAUAUUAGGGAAAAUGGAAUCAUCUGAAGAAGGCAGCCAAAUCCUUUCCGAUCAGCCCCGAAUCAACUCCAAGACAAUCGAUUUGGAUUAUCUGUCUAAAUUACCGUCAAAUACUUUAGGUAGACAUUACGUUAACUUCUUGAAGAUCAACAACGUAACGCCCGAUUCGAGGGAUCCCGUUCGAUUUAUGGACGAUCCCCAAUUGGCAUAUGUGAUACAACGAUACAGGGAAGUGCACGAUUUGUUCCACACAGUCCUCCAAAUGCGAACAAACAUGCUGGGUGAGGUGACCGUCAAAUGGGUGGAGGCCAUACAAACGAAACUUCCCAUGUGUAUAGCUGGUGCUAUUUUCGGACCUGUUAGAUUGAAGCAGAAGCACCGUGCGAUCUAUUUGAAUCAAUACUUACCUUGGGCGAUCGAAACGGGACAAAAAUCGAAUUUCCUGUUAAAUAUAUACUACGAAAAACGAUGGGAGCAGCCCAUUGAUGAAUUUUACGAGGAAAUCAACGUGUCUCCUUUAACAUUGGUGUUUGAUCGAGUGAAUGUAGACAAGUAAUUCACUAAUCAAAAUGACCAAUGAGAAUUAGACGGUGAUUUGGCUCGGGUGUAGAAAUGGUACUGAUGAUUAUCAAAUGGAGUCGGUUGGUUUUGCUUUGUUGAAACUUUAUAAUGCUGUGAUAAGGAAUUAAAUGAAAAUUAUAUCUUUCUAUGUUUUAGUUUGAUGCGUAGUAAAAGUAUUUGUUCUUUAUAUAGAUAAGGGCAAAUUCGUUUGUAAUGUAAUAUGGUCAAUUCUACGAGUUGAAUUAAGAAAGAUUAUUAAAAUAUAAGUGAGUUAGUUGCAAUCCCACAGUAUCACUCUUUCUUUUCCCCUUAAAUGAGACUAAUGGAAGUUAUUUUUGUUGCACCCAUAGCAUAUAUUUCAAACAAUUUUGCAUCUACCUGUAUUUGUAAAAUUUAAGUUCACUAUCUUGCAUUGAAAAAAUGAGUAGUUGUGCAAUUUUGUUGGAUUAAAAUUGUUCAAAUUCUAGAAAUCAUUUUAUGGAAAGGAAUUUUUACUGCUUUAUGGCUUUAAUUCUUUAUAUAAUAUGAAUGAA